CUUCCUCUGGUUAUUUUGUUUGUCGGCCCCCACAGUGGAAACGAUAGUUUCUUCCCGGCCGAUUUCGUUUCCUUUAACUCCUCCAAUCCCAUAACGAAGGAGAAAGAGAAGAGACGAUCUAAGAUCUUUUAAGGAUCAGGGUUUUCAGAAAGCCAACAAUAAGUAUCUGAUCGAAACCAUUGAAUGCUAAGGCAGCCAUGAUCCAUCUUUAAAGUUCAAAGCUGCUGGAAUCGGAAGCAAUAUUCAUGUUGACUUUAUUCUUGAUCUGAGUAUUUUCUCUCUUUUCUCUUCUUCAUGUGAUUUUUAAUAGCCAUGGAAACAGGAAAUUCAUCCGAUUCUUCUAACGAUGAAGUAGACAGAAUUAGCAAGUUAACAGAAACGCUCAUUCAUCACAUACUUUCUUUUAUUGACUUUAAGUAUGCCCUCCAAACCUGUGUGUUGUCAAAGAGAUGGAGAUAUAUCUGGACUUCUCUCCCGGCUUUAAACUUCGAUUCGAAGCUAUAUUUUUCAGGCCGUACAUGUGAUCACAAACGUGUUCUUGAUUUCGUUGAUAACGUGUUAACUCUCCGUGAUAGCAGAGGUUCUGAUAUUCAAAAGUUUCAUCUUGUUUGUGGACCUUUUUAUAGUCGAGCUGAUGAUUUUUGGACCAGUCGUCUUCACAGAUGGAUAAUUCAUGUUGUUAAGGCUAAUGUUGAAGAUAUUAAUGUCCAUUACGACAGUAAGGCAGUAUUUAAGGUUCCGGAUUGUGUUUUUAUGUGCAAGUCAUUGAAAAGUUUGAACCUAGAUAUAUCAUGUAGGAUUAUUCUACCAAAUUCCUUAUGUUUAUUUCGUCUUAAGUAUCUGAAACUGAAAGACUCUUCAUUAAACAACGAAGAACAAAUUCAAAAGUUAUUGUCAAGCUGUCCUGUUUUGGAACAUCUGGAGUUGAGUGAUGUUAGUAGUAAUGGUCAUAUAAGCAUCUCUAUUUCUUCGCUAACGCUUAAGCACUUUGGAUUGCAUAUCAAGUAUAAUAAACUAUGUCACAAUAAAUUGAGGUUAUCUGCUCCAAAUCUUUUGUCGUUCGCUUCAUCAAGUCUAGACUUUGUUUUGCUGGAUAAUGUUUCUUCUCUACUCGCUGCUGAUACUGAUGUACAAGUAAAACCAAGAAAUGCCGACUUUCCUGUGGCGUAUACUUGGCAAGGCUUAGAAUUUCUUGAAGUACUUCGUAAUGUGAAGGAUUUAACUAUAUCGUUUCUUCCGGUUGAGGAUGUCAGAAGAAUUCCAGAACUGUUGCAAAAUCAGCCUUUUCAAUUCUCUAAUCUGCUACAUUUUAAGCUGCGAAAGAUGAGUCUCUCACCACACUCUAUGCGUGCGAUUGCCUCCCUGCUCAAGAUUAUGCCCUGUAUUGAAUCCUUUACAUUGGAACUUCCUCAGGAUCGCAACAUAAACGAGUAUUCUGAUGAUGAUGAAUCUGAUGAGGGGUCAGAUUCAGACUCGGAUUUGGAACCAGAGUUUGAGCCGGAUAAUGAUGUGUUAACUCUCAGUUUAGAAGAAUCGUCAUCAACCUACACCCUGAAACAUCUCAAGUCUGUCGAGAUUAGUGGGCUAAAAGGAAGUGAUUUCGAACUUGAGUUUAUCGGAAUUUUGUUGAAGAAUGCCAUGCUUUUGGAGAGAAUAGUUCUUCAUCACUGCAAACCUAGAUCCAGUAGAGAUAAGUAUUUUUAUAAGGAUAAAGUUAAGAAGUUUCAUCAGAAGGUAAUGCGUUUCUCAAGCGCCUCUUUGUCUUCCAAGGUGGCAUUUUUUUUCUUCUCUUAGGAGCUGAGAUGAAAUUGACUUGCUGAAAAGGUAUCUGGGACUUUGUAUAAAUAACCUCGACCAGUCCAUGUCACCAAAAAUUUGAUUUGCUUGCUAGUUUUUUCUUCAUUCUUUUUUUGGACUCUAAACUACAUUUACUAGCCUGGACCCGUUAAUGCUGUCAUUUGAAACACGGUUGCUUGUCUAUUUACUUAUAUUUCUAUGUGUACUAGUUUUCUCUAAUAUCUCAGAACUCCUCUUUCUUUAUCAAUGGAAGUGUUUACAUUUUCA